UCCAGUGUUACAAUGUGUUCAUGCUGAAUUGAGCAGCGACGUCGAUAUUCAGACCUAUUAUUUAGAAACGCAAUGUAGUUCACUUCCAGUCAAAUCGGGCCUCCGCGAAUCGUCAGGAAAUUUGGAAAAACUGUUGGUACUCCGAUAUGACAUGCAUGGAAGCUUGGAGUUUGAGGCAAUGCAAGGUGUAAAAAAAUGGACUGUGACCUACACAAAGCAUUUGAGGCAGAAAAGAAAAGUCUAUCAGGAUGGAGUCUUAGAGCUUUCCAACUCAAAUCAAAAGAUUCUGCUCUAUGAUGAUUGUGGAAAGCUCCUGGAUAGCAGGUUUCUGAGGAAAGAUGAGAUAGUCCAAUGUGGAGGUUCAUUGGAGUUUGAAACUCAUCUUGUUGAUGUCGGUGAUCCUGAUAGUAGCGAAAAAAGGGCAAAUCCAGAUGCACAAAAUGACGAAGAGAAACUUGCACAAAGAAUUACAUUCAAAGGGCAGACCAUCAGUACUCUUGGCAGCAGCAAAAACAUUGUGCAACACAAAGUUGGAAACCUGAGAAACAUUGCAAGUGGGACUCAGGAUACUGUAACAGAGUGGCAUGUUUUAUACACCAAACAGAAAUCUCAAAAGGCCAAGAAGUUUCAUGAUGGCAUCCUACGUCUUAUAACUUCUGGUCAUCAGAGAAGAAAGGUUAUUCUAUUAAGUGAAGAUGGGAUGGUCCUAGACAGUAUGCACCUUAAGCUUUCUGAUGACUUAAAUACAGGGAGUUCUUUUGAAUUGGCAAAUUAUCUGGUAGAGAUUGGGAAGCUGCAAAAUUGUCAUGAGUCUGCUGCUUCACUCGUUUAUCACUCCAAAACUUCAGAACAGGAAUGCAAUGAUUCUUCGAAGAAAACUGUGUUUCCAUCUUUUAGUAGCCAAGAUAAAGAGAAGGUUUCUACUAAUAUGGACACUGCAACUGCCAAACCGCUGCGCAAUGCAUGUCAGAUAUUGUUUGAUCUUAAAAAGCCAACUACUUCAAAAGUUCCUGGUGACAAUUGCCGACGAAUACCCAUGGGGCAAAGCCUCCAUGAAGGGGCACCAAAACUGGCUCAAUCUGAGGCUACUGGAGAGGCAGAAGGUGCAAUGUCACAAAAUAAGAUGAACCCAGACGAUAGUAGACAAGAUUAUAAAUGUCAAAAUUCUAUUCAUACUGCUUCAUCAAGUGAUCAGCUGUCAUUAGUAACAGAUGCUACAAAUAGCCUAACAGCUGGUUUUUCUGAUCUGGUUGAGCGUGACCUGAAGAUCAGGGAGAGGUUUCUGUCAGAUGAUUCAGCUUCUAUGGUCCAUAUAUAUCCAGGAUCUUCUAAUUGCAGGCACUUUGUUACAAAUGAAGGAGAUAUCAAUGUUUGCCAGCUUGAUGGGGCAAACAAUGGAGAGGCAGAAACCCAACAUGGCAGGAAAUGUUUUAUGAGUUCUUUCACUGCCCAUGGUUUGCCAAUUCCACAACACAUUCUGAUACAACGGUGAACUUUGAGGAAUGUAAAAGGUUUGCUGAGAGCACUGAUGCUAUGGAAUGUCCAAGUUUUGACCUUGGAAUUUAAAUUUGCGAAUUGCAAUGAAAAACAUGUUUCUCAAAACAUUGAUCUGAACCUCAAAGGUGUGGACAGUGAAACCAUUGAAAUUCUGCUUUUUGUGCAGAGCUUUGUGGGGUGAAUUAGCAUUAUCAUCACGCCCUUGUUAAAUGACGGACUGUAAAAGCUAGAGACAUUAGUGUUGGAUUACUUCAUUUACAUUUACAGGUAGCGAAAUGGAAGUCAGAAUAUUUCAAAUUUAAUAUUCAUUCACUUCAAAACAAAGUACUUUGCGUCUCCUGCAACAGAAUUUCUGUCCACCUUCCUAAGGGGUUGGGCUUAAGACCUGCAGGUUGAAGGAGCUGAAGAUUUCAAUGCCUGGGUUCCAUUUCUUGGGUUGGAACUUGUAGUGUUAUACAUCGACACAAGGUUAAGAAGAAGAAGUUCAUGGACCAAAUAGAUGUUGGAAUCUGGCAAUUUAAUAUUCCUGCCCAUUUAAUCCUUUUUGGUUU